AGACUCCCACGCUACAUGGCUCUUGACCCGAUCACCCACAGGAAGGAAGCAGCAGCCUCUGGCCUCCAGCCCUCGCAGGGUCCUAGGCUGCCCCUCACCCAUUACCAUACUCCUGCACCCAGGGGAGACAGUGACCAUGCUGGACACAAAAGAAAAACAAAAAAAAUGGACAUGGGACAUAAAUCAUUACCAAGGCAUCCUGUUCCUGAUUUCACAUUUGUUGCCAUUUCCACGAUCUAUGGGGAGAAGUUCCCAGAUGAGAACUUCAUCCUGAAGCACACGGGUCCUGGUAUCCUGUCAAUGGCCAAUGCCGGCCCCAACACGAAUGGUUCCCAGUUCUUCAUCUGCACUGCCAAGACCGAGUGGCUGGAUGGCAAGCACGUCGUUUUCGGCCACGUCAAGGAGGGGAUGAACGUGGUGGAGGCCAUGGAGCGCUGUGGCUCCAAAGAUGGCAAAACAAGCAAGAAGAUCACCAUCACCGACUGCGGGCAGCUCUCGUAAACCCUUCUCUCGCCGACUGACGAUUCCUCGGGCAGCCUGGGCACCGCAGCCCGCUGCAGCUCACCCGCUCCCACCCCAGUUCUGAUGUACUGCUGCGUUUCUACUGGGUCACGGUCCCACUGGGCCGCAGUUAACCUUUGAGUCUAAAUAAAACAAGUUAAACUACA